AUGCAUUUACUGAUGUUGCUGCUGCUGCUGCUGCUGCUGGGGCCAUGCCUCAGCUAUCUGCCAAGACAAAAUAUGGAGAACGAACAAUUGGUUGACAAUUUGUCUAAAACGCUGCAAAUGAUAUUGAGGCAGACCUGUUGGGCAUACAACAUGAGCAUCUUCAUCAGCACCAGCUACAAGGAUCAACUGCCACUCAACGAACAGCGCCUGGUGGAAAGUGUGCUGACGCGCAGCUUCAUUCCAGUUGUGCCUUGGGUGUUGGACAAGCAGCUCAAUGAACAGCUAGGCUUGCGCACCCAAAUGUUGCUGUUCUUUGUGCAGAAUGCCAAUCAGUUGAUUACAGCAUGCGAUCGCAAUCCGCGCAUGAAUAAGGCACACAAAUACAAAUUUUUAGUCAUAAUGAUAGCAGCGCAAGAUGACUCCGCCUGGCAGCACUCGCAGAUGAGCCAAAUCUUUGCGUAUUUUCUGCACUACCGUUACAAUGUGCAUGCGCUGCUGCUGCUGGCUCAGCUCGAGGCGGGCACAGUCAGUGCCUUCACGUACUAUCCCUACUCUGGUCUUGGUAUUUGCGGGAGUACACAGGCGUUGCCUGUCCUGCUGCAUCAAGGACGCAUCGAACAGACCUAUCCACGUAAGCUGCAAAAUCUGAACGGAUGCCCUUUGCACGUGAUUGUCUGGCAGAUAUUGCCAUACAUGCGACUGCAUAUGGAACGGACGCAACCCAACGAUCGAAUCUCCGGCAUUGAUGCCGAAAUACUGAAGCUGCUAGCGAACAAGCUGAACUUUAGCCUGGUCCUGGUGGUCAAUGAGCCAGCGCAUUUGAUUGGGGGCUCUAGCUUUAUGAACGGCACCAUGACCGGCGCCUUCUAUAUGCUCCAGCAGAGACAGGCCAAUCUUACGCUUGGAUUUGCGGCCUGCAUGGCGGCUCGAUAUAAAUAUCUGUCCAGCACGCUGCCCUAUAGCCAGGUGGAGUAUGUGCUGGUGAUGCGCAAGGCUCGUCCGUAUAGCGUCUAUGAGGUCAUGCUGCUUCCUUUUGAUUCGCACGUCUGGCUCUUGAUUCUUGUGCUGACUACACUGCGUCUGAUGUGCUGGGAGAGCGGCUGGCGUCGCGUACCGCUCCUCAAUUUGACCUGGAAUCUGUUGAUCUUUCUGUUGCGCAUAAGCUACGAGAGCUCCAUAUUUAUGUUCGUGCACAAUGCACCAAGUCGUCCUUUGCCGCACAGCCUGGAGCAGGCGCUGGCGCAGGAUUACCACUUCAUUACGGAUCAUGUUACGUAUCGUAUGACGACGUUGCUGCCCGCCUUAAGGGCACGCACACGCAUCCUGCCCGGCCAACCAGUGGACAUGUUCGAGCAGCUGCUAUCCCAGCCGGAACAUCAUCGUGUCGCCAUCAUCAGUAACCUCAAUUUUGUGGUUGACUAUCUGGCCAGGAGGGGGGAAGAUCCUCACAGAUUUGUUAUAGCCAGCAACAAGAUCAUUGAAAACAUGAUCUGCGUACACUUUCCAAAGGGCUCCUAUCUGACCUCCAACUUCAAUCAUAUGCUAUUCCUUAUGCGCAGCUCCGGCAUUGGACAGCACAUUAACAACCGGCUCAAGUCGUCCCAUCUAGCCACCACCUUAAUCACUCGACUAAAUCCGUUGCAACACUCCUCAGAUAAUGUGGCUCAGUUCAAUGAGUCCAUGCGCCUAAUUUAUGCUGCCUUAAAUUGCCUGAUGUUUGCCCAAUCCGUAACACUGGCCAUCUUCAUCCUUGAGCUAUGUAGUCGACGCGUACGCAAUCGCUGGCUAUCUAGGAUUUUGGAGCGUCUGUGA